AACGCGGCCGCCAUGUUGGGGGAGAAAUCUCGCGAAAUCUUGAGAAGCUCUGUAAUGGCGGUGUGGAGGGGCUAUCGACUCAGUUUGUGGUAAAUAAACAAUCUCCUGGAAAACCAAACACGGCCGAGAUUGCAGGUUAUUCUUCCAGCUCCUGUAAGCUGCCCAGAGGUAGCGGAAUCUACUCCUCAAAUCCUUGGCGGCUCCAUGAUGCUGGAGACAACUGGUUUUCCCUUACCACGGACCAUUUAACCUGAGAACUGGCAGCACUUGUAGCCUUAGAGCUUUUAAUAAAGAGAAAUCAAAGCUGAAAAGCUACAGGGAUCUUUUCUCCAUGAUAAAGUGGGAGGGGAGGUGGAAAGCGGGGUCGGACUGGGCGUAUUUGGGAUGUCGGACAUGGCAGAGUGGUUGUAGAUGAGCUACAGAGGAUGUGUGUGGAUGACACAAGUCAGACGAACGUGGCAUAACAUGACAGCAGAACUGGGGAGAACUCCAUGAAUUCCCACUUCCACUGCUGGACUUUGAAUUACAAAUGUUGGCCCGGGUUAGCCUCAGCUUUUAAAACAGAGUCUUAAGAAGAACCAAAAAGAAGUGUGCCUGAUGGAAGUGCCUUUUUGCGGUGAAAUUAGCAAAGAUGAACAUUGUUUCCAAAAGGAACCACAAAAAAAAACUGUCUUAAGCCUGGAAUUGGCAGAUGCUGAAAACACAGCUGGGCCUAUCAUUCAUGUUUUGGAUCCUGAAAUAUCCAGAGGAAGUUACCCUGAACUUCCAGAAGGAUGGAAGAGAAUAGUGAAAGAAAGAAAAACUGGGAAGUCAGCUGGAAAAUUUGACAUUUACAUUAUAAGUCCUCAAGGGAAGCAAUUUCGAUCUUUGAAGGAGCUUGAAAAUUACUUUCAGAGAAAUGCUGGAGAAGAAAGCCUGAAGGCCGAAGACCUUAUUGUCUUCUGGCGAGGCUGUACUUGGAGACGGAUUACCUCUGAUAAACGGCCAUCACUCCUGCAGACCAACACCUUACCAACACAAGAUGCUGACAAAUUGACCGUUAACCUUCCACGAACAGUGUCACGUGUGCCUCAAAAUGCUGAGAGAGAAGAGGGACCUGAAAUCGAGGGAAACUGCAGUAAGAGCAAAAGACAGAGGCAGGCACAGGUUAAAAAUGCCUCAAAACAGAAACCUAAAAAAGGCUCAAAGCUGCAAAACCCAAGCAGACUGAGAAUGUGUUCUAGAAGAAAAUCGUCUUCAAGAGUGGGACAGAAAGAGCAGCCAUCAACUGAAGCGAGGGAGUUGGGUGAAGGGACUCCAGCUGAUGAAAGAAGAACAAGCCCCAAAGCUGAGAGGAAUGCCAGCAGCAGAAAGUCCAAAGAGCAUGCAGCAAACAGCAAAAAGCAGCUUCCAAAGGAGCAGGAAUUUGGAAGCAAGGACACACUGGAACUGCAAGUGGAAGAAACUGGUGAGUCUGUCUCUGAGGUACCAAAGCUUAACAGACAGAUGGCGCAGGCGAGCGAGGAGGCCGAUGCUGAUGACAUCACAUUCCCAGGAACAUCUGAUAUAAAUCUAGGCAUUCACCCUCCACAAACACAUUGCUCCAAAUCAGAGAUUACUUGCGAAAACUCAAACAGAGACACAAGGGAUUCUGAUGGGGAAAGGUUUCCAUUGCUGAAAACCCAAGACAAUCGUCUUUCUCCAAGAGUGAAGCUGGACAAGAGGAAGACCAGUCCAUACUUUUCCAGGAAAUAUUCCAAAGGAGCAUCCAGUCCACCGCGGCGUAAAGCCUUUGCCAAAUGGAUUCCUCCUCGAUCCCCAUUUAAACUGGUCCAAGAGACACUCUUUCAUGAUCCCUGGAAGCUUCUGAUUGCAACCAUACUUCUUAAUAAAACCUCUGGUAAAAAGGCCAUUCCUGUGCUGUGGGAUUUCCUGGAGAGAUACCCUUCUGCUGAAGUGGCCCGGGUAGCUGAUUGGAAGGAAAUAGCAGAACUUCUGAAACCACUUGGCCUGUAUGAGCUGAGAGCCAAAUCUAUCACUAAGUUUUCUGAUGAGUUCCUUACCAAACAGUGGAGGUACCCGAUUGAACUGCAUGGAAUUGGGAAGUACGGGAAUGAUUCCUACAGGAUUUUUUGUGUCAAAGAAUGGAAGGAGGUACAGCCUCAAGAUCACAAACUUAACAAGUACUGGGCGUGGCUUUGGGAGAAUCAGGAGACAUUGGGCCUGUCCUGACCAGACAAUUUGGUGAUUCAGUGCUUUCACUGGUAGUGUUUAGGCUGGAAUUCUGUGCUUGCUGAUAACUCCAAUGUGAGUAUGAUCAUUGAUGCAAGGUAGAUUUGAAACAGAACCAUAUCUCUGUAUGAAUUCUGUUUAUUCAAGUUGCUAAUAAAUAGUGACAGUAAUUAGCUCCUUGCACUGGUGGGUAAAGAUAUUGCAAGGAGUAGUACAAAACCAUGACAAACUAAGUGGCAAUCCUUUUAACUGUGCUGACAAUCCAGACUUUAAAACUGUUGCUUUUACUGUAAGUGUAGCUGUACCAGGUAGAAUGGUUUUGGUAAGGUUCUGUUAAUAUAAAUUAUACAGGAUUGUAUAAUUACAGGCAGAUCUGAUCUUAAGUCAGAACUAUAUUAACUACAGGUUUGGGUGAAGUCACUCUGAGCCAUUUUUUUUUCUCAUUUGAUUCUGCUUUCCAUGAUGAUGUCCCUGAAAUAUGACAUUGAAACUGAGGUAAUCAUGUGCAAAAUAACUUCUUAAAUUGUGCAACACAUAUGCCUCAUUACACAGGGUGAUGUGUGAGAUACAAUUCGUCCCCCAUAUUUGAGAGAAACUAACCUGAACAACUUUUACACAUGUUACGAGCAAUUGUACAUGGCAACAUUAAUUCAGUAUUCUUUGAACAAAUUGUAGCUUGAUAUACAUUUUUAUGUUCCCCACAUCAGCUGAGUGAGCAAAUGUUUCAAUGGUUACCUUCUUAACUCAUUUCAAUCAAUUUUACAGCUUUACGGUUACCUGAACAAUAACUAAUGUAAUUGCUUGUUACGUGAGGCUGUUGAGUUAGUUGUCACAAUUUGUGGUAUGCCAGAGAGGAAAACUGCUGAGAAAACAAUAAAGGACCACAGGCAAAGGGCCUUUCUUAGGGCCUUUCAGUUUGGCAUGUUGCUCUGUUUAUCAGUCUUGGCAACACUAACGAGUAAACCACACUUUUCUCCCAGCCAUGUUUCAGGAUUACAUUUUCUCCCCUUUUCCUGUGGCAAAGCUAAGAAAUUACUGGGACAUGUUGCACUGUCCUGCUUCGUGGCAUAGUGCAAAAGGAUCGAACAUACUGGCAGUCUCUUCUACCUGAACAUUUUUUACCGUCAUUUUCUUACUCUUUAUGGAAUUCCUCUCACAGGGCAGUAUUAUUUUUUCACUGUAAUUUUUAUGACUUCAGAAAAAUUUGGAACAUUGGCCUGUGAGAAUCUGGGCAAAUGCUGGACUCCCAUUCUCAUCACAGUCUGCAAAGCAGGAGAUUUUAUCUCACCCUAAGGAGGUGAACAACAUGAAUUAGGUUUUGGAAACUUGUGUAAUUAUGUUGUGUUGAUGUUGGAUUUGUCAUUAUGUGGAAUAGAAAUCUGUUUUUUUAUUUUAAUAUUUCAAUUGUCAAAUAAAAGUUAAAUAAAGUUGUUUCGUAAUUGUUAA